UCAUCACUGGGGUCUGACAGGUUGAGAGCCAACACACUUGAUCUAGUCACUUAUACCUGCGACAUGCGUACGUGAGACCUGCGGCUUAAAUCACGCUGAAGACUUCUGAGCAGUGAAAGUUCACCGUUUGAAACACCGUUUAGGUCAGCGCUUCUUCCAGCAACUCCUGUCUUACAGCUCAACAUGUUCUGUGCAAACGUGUUGGCCAUAUCAAUGGACAUGGGCUUUGGCCUUCCAGCACACGGUCACCUGCUCAGACCCCCUUCUCCAAAAGUCCGGCACCGCGCUUGUGCGAAGAAACGGGUUGUAUUCGCUGACUCCAAGGGCCUCUCACUCACCUCCGUGCGCGUGUUCUCCAAGAAGGAGGAGAAGCCUCACGAGGAGGCGCCAGUGUCCCUGAGACUGAAGAGCCUGCACUGGGUGGGAGAGCGCGUUCAGGGCCCCAGGCUACGUGUGGGCUUUGCUCAGCCGUGUGUGGACAUCCAGGCUUUCCAACAGCGCAUGCGCCACAGCCCGGUGCUGCUGGAGAGCUGCUGCGUCACGGAGCGAGCCCUCGUGGGCACAGUGCGUGUGUGGAACCUCAGCUACGAGAAAGCUGUGCACAUCCGCAUCACCUUUGAUUCAUGGCGCACCCAGCAGGACGUGCCAUGCGCCUUUCUGCAACGGUGCUGUGGCGAGCCUGACACAGACUCCUUCUCGUUUCACAUUGCGGUGCCAGUGGCCUUGGAGGCGCAACAGCGCAUCGAAUUCUGCGUGGAAUAUCUACCGCAGGGACACAGCCAAGCCUUCUGGGACAACAAUGACGGCAACAACUACAGCCUCCAUGUUUGUGACUGACAUUGAGUGCAUUUACAUACACUUCAUAAUCCAAAACUGAAGA